UGUGUGUGUGGUGUGUGGUGUGUGGUUGUGGUGUGUGUGUGUGUGUGUGUCAGAUGUGGAUGAGUGUGAGGACGCUCUGCAGUGUCCGGGUCAGGAGUGCAUCAACAGUCAGGGUUCGUACCGCUGUGUGUCCUGUCAGCCUGGAUACGGACUGCUCAACAGGCGCUGUGCAGACAUCGAUGAGUGUCGUCAGGCUCCCUGCUCCAACGGCCGCUGUGAGAACACACCAGGAAGCUACCGCUGUGUCUGUCGCCAUGGUUACAAGCUACAAAACAACACCUGUACAGAUGUAGACGAGUGUGCUGAGCCGUCUCAGUGUCCUGCUCAGAUGUGUGUGAACUCUGAGGGAUCGUACCGCUGUAUGUCGUGUCGACCCGGAUACACACUCAGCAACAGACUGUGUACAGAUAUUAACGAGUGUGAGGUCGGUGAUUCUUGUCCUGGUCAGCAGUGUGUGAACACUGAAGGGUCGUACAGCUGUGUCAACUGUCAGCAAGGAUACCACAGUGUGAACGGACUGUGUACAGAUGUGGACGAGUGUGAGCAGACGUCUCAGUGUCCCGGGCAGCAGUGUGUGAACACUGUGGGCUCGUACCGCUGUGUGUCCUGUCGGCCCGGGUACAGCAGCAAGGACGGCUCGUGCCAAGAUUUAGACGAGUGUGCGAGCGGCGGGGCGUGCGAGGCAGGGCGGCUGUGUGUGAACACGGUGGGUUCAUUCAGGUGUGACUGUGCACCGGGGUAUCGAACCUCUGGCCUGGGGAGACAGUGUCGGGGUGAGUUCACAGUCCGACGAAGGGUCAUGAGAAACCUCUCCUGAUACAGAGUUUAAUUAUCCUGUGUGUGUGUGUGUG